CGGGCGGGCAGGGCCCGGCUGCAGCGGGUGGGGACGGUGUCCGGCCUCUUCCUCUACCCGGUGAAGUCCUGCGGCGGGGUGGCCCUGCAGCGGGCCGAGGUGACGGCGCUGGGGCUGCGCAGCGGGGAGAUGCGGGACAGGUUUUGGCUUCUGAUUAAAGAGGAUGGACAUAUGGUUACUGCCCGACAGGAGCCUCAGCUGGUUCUGAUUUCUGUAAACUGUGAAAAUGGCUGUUUAACACUGAAUGCUCCAGAAAUGAAGGAACUGCGUGUUCCAGUCAAACUUUCCAGGAAGAAUGCAGUGCACAAUUGCAGGCUGUUUGGAUUGGAUAUCCAAGGCAGGGACUGUGGAGAUGAGGCAGCUCAGUGGUUCGCCACCUUCUUGAAUGCACAGUCAUAUCGACUGGUGCACUUUGAGUCACAGAUGGCGCCUAGGAAAUCCAGAGACAUAUUCACCACUUUCCGAUCCAAGGAUAAGAUUGCCUAUCCCGACUGUAGCCCAGCCCUGAUCCUCUCAGAAGCUUCAUUGGAAGAUCUAAAUACUAGGCUGGAGAAGAAAGUUAAAAUACAGAACUUCAGACCAAAUAUUGUUGUUACGGGUUGCAAUGCUUUUGAGGAGGAUUCCUGGAAUAAGAUAAAAAUUGGUAAUGUGGAGAUGAAAGGGACAAUGGCUUGCCCCAGGUGUAUUUUAACAACCAUUGAUAUGGAUACUGGGAUCAUUGACAGAAAGGAGCCACUGGAAACGCUGAAAAGUUACCGUUUGUGCGAUCCUUCUGAGCGACAUCUCUACAAAUCCAGCCCUCUGUUUGGAUGGUAUUAUGGAAUUGAUAAAACUGGAACGCUUCAAGUUGGAGACCCUGUGUACAAGAUAGUCAAUUGAUGGAAGAUGUAUUUUGAGUGGAAAAUAAUUGUUCAUUUUUAUAUGCAAAUGUUUUUUUCUGUGAGCACAGAGCCUGAAAUAACUCCUUGAUGUUAUCUUGAGGUGUAAAGUACACUGUCCUUGAUUGUCCACGGAUCCUGUGACGUGCCAAAGUCUUCUCAAAUCAGUCAGUCCACUAAUGUGCCUUGAGUCCCUAAAUCUAAAACACCUAGAUCAGAUGAUAAAAUGAUUUUCAGUCUUACACACACACACUUAUAAUAUUGCUAUUGUGGAAUAAGGAAAGAGGGUGAAACAAGUUGGAUGAUGAUAAUUGAAUGUUCCCUUCAAGGUUUGCCUGUGUUUUAAAUUCCUAUCUAAAUUGUGAUGCCUUUAAGAAAACCACCCUUGGAACAUUUUGAUCUCUUGUUACUUGGUUAUGGAUUGGCAGAUAAAGCAAGAAAUUCUGAACCAGCAAAAGAGCGGGUUGUGACAAGCCAUGAAGUAGGCGAGACUGUUUUGGAGCUUAGGUUCUCUACUUUCUAUUGUGAACAUUGAAAUGCUGUUCUGUUCCAACAUUCUUGAAUAACAGCCUAGUAAAGUGAAGAAUUAGGCUGCUGCUGCCCUGUUAUUGGCUCAGUUAACAGUGCUGGGCAAGCACUUACCAUGCUUGUUGCAAGUAACGCAUGCCUGCCUACCUGUCUUUCACAGGUGUUGCCGAGGAUUGACUGAUUUUUGUAAAGUGCUAUAUAAAUACUAAGUAUUAUUGUGGCAACAUAUAUCCUAGCAUUAGCCUCUCAAGAAAUGUAACAUUGUGCAUGCACAGUGCGGUGAAUGGUGGCAGGCAGUAGCAGAACAAGUGUCCCUAUGGGCAGAAUUUGGUGAACCCUAUAAAGCUCAUGCUCCUGAGCAUAAAGAAGUUGAACAAAAUUUAAAUCCAUUAAAAUUACAGUAAUUAAAGGUGGGCUUUGGGGGAUCAGGGGUAGAUAAGGUCAGAUGAAUAUUUUUUAAUACACGUUUAACAUUUUUAACUGAUGGAAAUGUAAUUAUUUGAUUGAAGUAGCUAAGGGAACGAGAUUAUAUAAACAUUGGUAAUCAGACAAUUCAACAAUGAUUUUCUAAAAUUAUGUACUUAAAACCGAUUUUAACUCUAGAAAUAAAUAUAAA